GUAUGGUUCCAGAACCGUCGCGCCAAGUGGAAGAAGCGCAAGAAGACGACGAACGUGUUCCGAACGGGUCACGGAGGGUCGCUGCUGCCCUCACACGGCCUGCCCCCCUUUGGGGUGGGGGUCGACGGCCUCUGCCCCACGGCCAGCAUGUUCGCCUCGGCUGCUGCUGCCGACACGCGGUGGCACGGCGUCACCUCCAUGACCACUGGUUUGUCGCAGCUGUCGCAGAGCGGCGUGUCGAUGAGUGGAUUCGCCAGCCACGGCCACCAGAGCUCAGUGCUGCCAACCAUUGCCACCUCAAUGGCCAGCAACGGAUCCACUGUCUACCAGGCGCACUACGGCCUCAACUCGUUAGAUCCAGUUUUCUACGGUCAUGACACUGGAGGAGGGGACACGCUCAACUGAUUCGAUCAGAAAGCCCAAUUCACACCAAUUGCGACAUCUGCGGCAAGGCCGAUUCACAGCUAUUCCAGCGAGCCCAAACGAGCACAUCAUCAAAUGCAGAGCGACUGUAACUCUGCCUCGGCCUCGGCCUAUAGGGCAGUGACCCACACAUGUAAAUAAAAUAUUGUGAUCUUGUUUUAUGUGAACUGGUACUACUAAUCUGAAACAUAGAAGUUUAUGCAAACCAAAUGUGUUGACUUGAUAGUUGUUACUUAUCAGCUGAAUGAAUGAGGCUCAAGCUGGGUUGCACCAACCGAGAUCAAAUAUUUUGGUCAUACCUACUCAGCAUCUCAGGAAAGAGAUUGUUGCAGCUGCAACUCAGCAUCAUUGUUUAGUGAUUAGCCUCUAGCCAUCAAACCUUCAAUAUUGAUAUUUGAUAUUUUGAUAACAUCGAUGGCAAAAUUGUUAUUCAGAUAGCUGUUCUGUAUAUCAUACCUAUUCUAACCCUACAAGUAGGCCUACAUAUAUUAUUUCCUCUCCAAGUAAACACUUUUGUAAUAUAAACUAAUUUUACUAGAGUAUUGUUGUAGCCUACUGUUUUGUACUCAGUGAGCAUAGCCCUCAAGCUUUGUGGAAAACAUCCUGUAGCCUACAGAUAAGGUAAUUACACUCGAAAAGGAAAAUAUAAAUUAUUCCACUGAAUUUUAUUACAAUAGUUAUUCAUAUAAGAUGGAAGUGCUCUGUUUUGCUGCCGAUUGUCUAAAUAGAUUAUUAUUUGACGUUGCAAAAGCACCUUGAUGUUGAAACAUUACCAUCAUGACUUCAAGACUAGUAGCCUAUAUGUGGAUAAAUGAGUGAAAGGUCUGUCAUGGAUGUAAUUAUUCACACUUUUUUGUGUGAAAAAUAUAAUUAAUGAUGCUAGCAAUUGAAAUCAGUUUUCACCAACUAUCCACAAAACAAAUUCUGGAAUAUUCAUCUUCCGAUCUGUGAGGGAUUAUGCAGGGGCUCCUCAUGGUUUAUCACACUUUGUAUUAAGUAUGUUUGUUCAAGUUACUAUUGUGUAAAGGGGAGUUUACUACAAGUGAUAACAUACAGAUAUCAGUUUUCAUGUAAGUACAAUGAUUCAUUGUAAAAUAUAAGCGCUAUGAUACUCACGAUAUACACGAAUGUGUGAAAGGGAUAUAUUUGUCUAUUAUUUGGCUGCUCAGUUAACAAUACGAUUAUUGCAGAGUUGUUGAAAUACAUUAUUACAAUUUCUUUCAUGACCCUCUACUAUUGAGUUUAAAUAAUAUUCACUCUAAAUCAUCUACAAAGGGAUAUCAUAUAUUCAUAACCACUUGUUUUUAUUGUUUUAUGAUUCAUAGGCUAUAGAAGCAAAUAUACCAAAAGGACGGUACUUAACUACUCGUCAUUUUCGAAAAGUAUGUGAUUUCAUAAUUCAAUUACACAUCUUUGAACAUAUAUUUUUAUAUUUUCUGUCAUUUUUUAAACUGAUAAAUUUUUAGUACGGUGAUGUGAUAUUGUGAUUCGAAAUUUUAUUGAUUUUAUAAUUUAAAAUAGUCUCGUGCAAUAAUUAUAGAAAAAAAUGUGAUCUAAAUUUCUCACAAAUAAACACUACAUUAUAUAUUGAAUAUUUCUCAUGAUGAAUUGGAGUUAAGUUUAUUUGGUUGAUAUCAUCUAAAGAUUUGACAAAAUAUAUUUUCAGAAUAAAAUUUUUCUGAAAUACAAACUAAUAUGAUAUAUUAUCAACUUCUGAAAUUGGAAGGCUACCCACCCAUUCUGGAAAAAAUAUAGUUAAAGUACAUUAACAUUCUGUACUCAAUAUUGUAAUGGGGUAUUUUAACUAGAAUUUCACAUUCAAUAAACCUUGCAGUUCAUUAUUAAUUUUUAUCGAUUGGCAAUAAUACGAUCAUCCAUGAAACACUAAUGUCAGUUCUGUUUAUCAUUUAUAUUGGAAUUGGAAGUGAAAUAAUACUGUGAUUGCUAUUUGAUUAUGAAUAAUCUAAUAAUAUUAAUAAUCCCUAAUAUUGAUUAUGAAUCCAUUACCACAUUUAUUUUUUCCUUGACAGUUGUAGGAGGAAAAGUGUAAACAUUCAAGCUGGGGGCAGUUUCUAGCUCCCUUCAUCUCUCAUUAUUCAUUUUUUAUCAUUCCAGAACGCUGAUUAAGAGGCAUUCAAUGUAGUCAGAGAUGUUUUCAAAAAGUAUAACUAUUCAUAGUGUUUCUAGAAUUUAGGAAGAGAAAAUGUAAAUAAGAAUAAAAUUGUUUAUAAAUACUAUAGCCGUAUUAAUUAUUAUUACAAUAUUAUAUGAGGAUUUUGAAAUUAUUAGACAUAGUGUUACAAUGACUAGUGAAUCGUAGAGUAUAAUGUUUGUCAUAGAUUUAAAAAGAAAUAUUGGAUGUGAACUUCAAGCUGUGUUUGAAUUGAUAAUAAAUAAAACUGUUCUACUCAUUACACACAACCAUAGUAAUUGACAUCUAAUUGAUUUUUACCUUUUUACACAUUAUAUAUUAGUUUUAAAAUAUUUACUUAUUUAGUUAACUGCUCGCAUACAUCUAUGAACUGUGUAUUGAGAGUUGUGUGAUUGACAUUUCCAAUAUUAUUGAGAAUAAAUUCCACAUUUUAGUGUACCUAUUUUUAUAAUGGUUUAGGAAGUUUCAAAAUGUUAUGUAACGUUGCUUUCUAGCUUUCUCCACUAACUACUCUACACCAAUUCCUCUGGAUUUGAAUUCCUUUCUCACCUCAUUUGACUUAUUGGAGUGAUCAUAAUUUUUUGGUUCAAUCUAAUUUUUAAAAUCGGUUAUCAAUGGUACCUUAUAUAAUGGUAGUAUAUUUUGCAAGAAAGAAUUAUAUCAGUACUGUAUAGAAUAUUUUUCAUUUCUCUGUUACACAAACAUUGUUGUUUACUGAAAAACUACUGUUCCAUGGAAUAAUAAAUAGUUCAAGAAUAUUUUGAGUGUUUUGUGUAGAUAAAUGUUUGAAACUUUUGUGAAAAAGGCAAAAUGUGAGGGAUGUGCAAUAAAAUUUGCAGAUAGA